AUGGCCUCACAUACUAUUAUUAACAAUAAAAAUAAUUCAGAAAUGAAGGAUAAAAACCAGGGAACAGGUUCUUCAAGUUCCGACGAAACACUUUUUACCGAAGAAUUCGAAAUGCAAAACGGAAUUGUCAACCCCAAAGAACAAAGAUUGAGAAAGGAGCCUUUUUAUACCCACACUUUUGCUAGUGGAAGCGAACAUACGAAUAAUAAACGUAAUAAACGUCUAGAACAGCACACAGAGGAUCAAUCAAAUAAUGAAAAUAAUGAAAAUAAUGAUCAAACCUCAGCGCAAAUAAUCCAUGGAUUUCAACGCAUCAAUUAUGAAUUUGCAUUAUUAUUUUUCAUGGUAUCAAUUGCCUCAUAUUUAAUUGGAUAUUUUGGAUUCACUUUCGUCUGGAUCAUUUUUAUACUCUAUCAAGCGGUAAUGUGGUACUUUAACAUGGUUAAAGAUAAUACAGAACGACUUCGUUGGGAGAUCAGAAGGGAAAUUGCAGAAGAUAAAUUAAAGACGGAUGAAGGCGAAACGGUUGAAUGGUUGAACUAUUUACUUCAACAAGUUUGGAGAAUAUUUGAUCCAGUUCUUUUGUGCGGGCUUCGCGAUAUGAUUGAAGAUGCAAUGUCUGGUUGCGCCCCAGCUAUUGUGCGAGCAACCGAUAUUGGGGAAUUCGAAAUUGGACUCAUUGCUCCUCGAAUCGAAAAGUAUGGGAUUUUUUUUGCUCCGACUUUAAAAGAUCCUAUAACUAAUUUAACUAAAAUUUAUGCAUAUAGUAUUAAAAUAUUGGCAAGACGAGAAACUGAAGACGACGAAGAUAUAGUGGUUGGUGAAACAACAAUUUCAUUCCGCGCCAAAUCUUCAACAAGUACAAUUAACGAUGCACCACCACAUAUUCUCGCAUGGAUUAAAUCAGGAAUUUCAGCAAUAAUCCCACUUAAAGUUGAGCUUACCGGACUCAAGGCAUCAGUUCACUUCGAAAUAAAAAUUACUGGUUCUACGCCAUUCGUAACCGCAGGAAGGUUUAGUUUCUUAAAUUUUCCUGAUUAUGAAGUUGGAGUGAUGCCAUUAAUUUCAAUGAACAUUGCACAGUUCCCUAUUUUUAAACAAUUUAUGCGUAAUACUGUGCAUACUGUUUUGGAAGAAUUCACAUAUCCAAAAUACAUUGACGUAGAUUUGGCCCAAUUUUUGGUGGGCGAUGGUUUGCUUCAUGAUACGCAAGCCAUUGGUAUUAUGAAAGUUGACGUCCUUCAAGCUAAAUAUUUGAACAAGGUGGACGCCUCUGGCGAAAAUGAUCCAUACGUAUUGGUUUCACUUGAUCCUUCACCACACAUGUCACAUCCAUCUACUCGAGUGAUAGAAAAUUGUGCCAAUCCUGUGUGGUCCGAAACAUUAUUUAUUAAGAUCCCUCAACUUGAUAUCGUUGACGAACAUGUAAAACUUAAAUUGAACGUAAUGGAUUGGGAUCGAUUUACUCAGAAUGAUUCAAUAGGAGCUUAUUGGAUUGACAUUAAAAACGCCAUUGGUGAUGGCAAAGAAGAAAAGAAAAUACAUGACGGCUAUGUGGAUAUUCAUUCAAAACCUAAUGGUGGAGAAUCGCGCGGAAAAUUACGCUUCCUACUUUCUUACUAUCCGAAAUUGCCAAAUGAUGUUAAACCUUCUUCUUCACAGACCUCGGGAAUCCUUGGUCUCCAAAUUCACCAAGCCAUGAGUCUUCAAAUCACUGCCCCUCCUUAUAGUGAAAAUAAGUCGGACAAUCAUAAGAGUUCGAAAAAUCCCAAUCCUUAUGCAGUCGUAUAUAUCAAUGACAGUCAAGAUGAUCCUGUUAUUGGAAUUGUUACAUUGACACUGAAGGAACUUUUUGAAAAGAAUGAAAAGAAGGAAUGUUCGAAAUGGUUCACAUUACGUCACGGAAUUGGAUGUGGAAAAGUGAGGUUGUCUUUCUUCUAUAAGACCUUGUCCAUGAAAUUAUCUCCUAAAGAAAAGGGAUAUGAAGUUGGCACUUUAAUGAUCCAUUCUAUCGUGGCUUUAGGCUUGGAUAUGAAUUUAGCAAAUAGUAAUAUAUUUUUGACGCUUACAUUGAGUGGAGCUGAAUUUAAACAAACAACUUCCAUAUCGAAUUCAAAUCCACCAACGUGGCUUAAUGAAGCGGAUGGUGAGAAACAAAUUCGAUUUGGAGUUCUUAGACGUCAUCGAACUGCUCUCAUAAUUCGUUUGAAGCAAAAGAAACUAUUUGGAAUAAUGUAUACCAUUGGAACUGCUAUUUUAUGGUUGAGAGAUAUUCUUGAUUGUCGUGAAGCGGAGGUUGAAAUACCAAUAUUUUCAGGCUUAACUGAUGUAAAAGUGGGAGGAAAUCAUUCGCACUCGGAUGAAGCAUCACACAAUUUAUCUGUGUUAGGUGAAGGUGCAGGUCCAUCUGAGCAAAAUGCCUGUGCAGGACCAGAGGAAUUUGAAGAAAACGACAUUUCAUCAGGCGAUUUUCCUUUACCAUGUGAUUUUCGAAUUGACGGAGAACUUAAAGGACAUUUAAGAUUAAAAGUUUAUUUCCAAUCUGGAUUAUCUAUUUCGCAUGAGGGAAAUAUAAAACAUACGUUAACAGGAGCAAAUGAAAGUGUAUUAUAUCAAAAUCCAUUUAAAAACUUGCACGAAAUAAAUGGUGAUCUUGAUAUCGAGGAGAGAGGUGAACCAAAUGGGGAAAUUUACGAUAUUGAAAUGCCCGGAGAGAAACGAAUAAAUGAAUUCCGUCGUCGCAAAACAUUAAGACAAAUGAAAUGGGCAAAAGAUUUAGUUGGUACUAAACUUACCGCAAUGUCGGGAAAGAGAGAAGAUAAAGAAAUUUUUGAACGUGAAUUGUAA